AACUGAAAUGUAAAACACACUUUUCAAUUGACUCUUAGAUUUAAUAUUUCAUAGUAAGUUUUAAUAAGAAAAAAAAACAUUUGUCUAUCCUAUUACUGACUUCACUUCGUGUGAUGAUAUGUUUUCAUUGUCAUUAAUCUUUAUUAUUUAAUGAAUUACUGAAAAAUAUAAAGAAUAUCAUUUGAAUUUUUCUAUUUCAAUUAACGAGUCAUAGUUUUGUGACUAGUUUUUUUUUCAAAAUUUUCGUUGAUUUAUUUUUAAUUUUAAGCUUACAGUACGAUCAUAUUCUUAUACGGCUAUUGGAAAUUCAACUAGUAAAAAAGAUGCACAGACAAAUGCAGCAAUUGAUUUUUGUCAAUAUCUCGUUCGUGAUGGGAAAAUGCUCGAAAAUGAACUUGAACCAUAUUUACCAUCAAAAAAUGCAUCUGUUCUUACAACACAGUCACUUGGAACUUUACCUGCUGGCGUCGUACCACCACAUAUGUUGCAACGUAACACUACAGCAAAUGAAGUUGGUCCACCACCUACUCUUUUACUAUAUCAACCAGGAUCACCAUCUAAUUAUCUUGAACAUAUUCGUUCUGAUCGAAAAAUGCUCGAAGAACAAGAAGAAACUGAUACAAAUGCAGCAAUACAUGGAAAUUGGACAAUUGAAAAUGCCAAAGGUCGCCUUCAUCAAUAUUUACAAAAGAAUAAUCUUUCACAAGAAUAUAAAUAUACAUCAAGUGGACCAGAUAAUCUUCGAUUUGUUUAA